AUGAGUGUGGAUUAUUCACUGUCUGGGCGUGACCCCGCAGAUGUAGGUGGUGGACGUGGAAAUGAUGAUCACCCUCAUUCUAAUAUCAAAAUCACUGACAAUGAAGAAAUAGAUGACAACCCAAUUGAGCAAGUGAGGCUCACAGUGUCAACAACUGAUGAUCCCUCACAACCUGCAUUGACAUUCAGAACAUGGUUCCUAGGCAUCUUCUCGUGUGUCCUCCUUGCCUAUGUCAACAUGUUCUUCGGUUACCGCCAGAACCAGCUGUGGGUGUCCUCGGUCUCGGCGCAGAUCGUUGUGCUCCCAAUAGGGAAGCUGAUGGCUGCGACGCUCCCAAAGAGGCCUGUCAAACUCCCCUUCACGGGCUGGUCCUUUUCGAUGAACCCGGGGCCUUUCAAUCUCAAAGAGCAUGUGCUCAUCACCAUCUUUGCCAAUUCUGGUGCUGGUGGUGUUUAUGCAGUCAACAUCAUCACUAUUGUCAAGGCUUUCUACCACAGGAACCUCCAUCCUGUUGCAGCCUUUCUCCUGUCACAAACCACUCAGAUGCUCGGCUAUGGAUGGGCUGGAAUAUUCAGAACUUACCUUGUUGACUCCCCUUACAUGUGGUGGCCAGCAAAUCUGGUCCAGGUCUCUCUAUUCAGGGCAUUGCAUGAAAAGGAAAAGAGAUCAAAGGGAGGACACACCAGACUGCAAUUCUUCUUUUUGGUGUUCAUCUGCAGCUUCGCAUACUACAUCGUUCCGGGCUAUUUUUUCCCAUCGAUAAGCGUGAUCUCCGUCGUGUGCUUGGUAUGGAAGAAUUCCAUCACUGCACAACAGCUUGGUUCUGGCCUAAAAGGCCUUGGACUUGGCUCAUUUGGUCUUGACUGGUCUACAAUUGCUGGCUUCCUUGGCAGCCCUUUGGCUACGCCCGGUUUCGCCAUCAUUAACAUCUUAGUUGGUUUUGUCUUGUUUGUUUAUGUGAUCACCCCCAUAUUUUAUUGGACCAACGCUUAUGAAGCUAGAAAAUUCCCUCUCAUCUCCUCCCACACCUUCGACUCGACGGGAAAAACCUACAACAUUUCUCGGGUCCUUGAUGAAAAUACAUUCAAUCUUGAUCAAGAGGGUUACAACAAUUACAGCAAGCUCUAUCUCAGUGUCUUCUUUGCCUUGAAUUACGGGUUGAGCUUUGCGACUCUAACCGCCACUAUUUCGCACGUCGCACUCUUCCACGGAAAAACAACAUGGGAAAUGUGGAAGAAGACAACAAGUGUGGUGAAAGAUCACUCCGCGGAUAUCCACACAAGACUGAUGAAGAAGAACUAUGAUGCGGUGCCUCAAUGGUGGUUCCACAUCAUACUGAUUUCAAUGGUGGCUCUCUCAAUCUUUGCCUGUGAGGGUUUUGACAAGCAGCUCCAACUCCCAUGGUGGGGAAUCCUAAUGGCUUGUGGGAUUGCUCUUUUCUUCACCUUGCCAAUUGGCAUUAUUCAAGCCACAACAAACAUGCAACCAGGAUUAAAUGUGAUCACAGAGUUAGUUAUUGGGUAUAUCUACCCUGGAAAGCCUCUUGCAAAUGUGGCUUUCAAGACUUAUGGCUAUAUCAGCAUGUCACAAGCUCUUGGCUUCCUUGGUGACUUCAAAUUGGGCCACUACAUGAAGAUCCCUCCCAAAUCUAUGUUUGUUGUCCAGCUAGUUGGGACAGUAGUUGCGUCGAGUGUCUACUUUGGAACAGCAUGGUGGCUGCUCUCCACCAUCCCGAACAUCUGCGACACCUCAUUGCUGCCUGAUGGGAGUCCAUGGACAUGCCCGGGUGAUGACGUGUUCUACAACGCUUCCAUCAUAUGGGGAGUGGUGGGACCGGCUAGGAUGUUCACCAAGAAAGGCGUGUACCCGGAGAUGAACUGGUUCUUCCUCAUAGGUCUUGUCGCGCCCGUCCCAGUGUGGCUACUGUCGCGCAAAUUCCCGAACAAGAAGUGGAUCAAGUACAUCAACAUGCCAAUCAUAUUUGCAGCCACAGGAGGCAUGCCACCAACAAGGUCAGUGAACUACAUCACAUGGGGAGCUGUGGGGAUAUACUUCAACUUCUAUGUGUAUAGGAAAUACAAGGGUUGGUGGGCCAAGCACAACUACAUUUUGUCAGCUGCCCUUGAUGCUGGGCUUGCUUUCCUGGCCAUUCUUCUCUACUUUUCACUUCAGUCAAAGGAAAUUUGGGGCCCAAAUUGGUGGGGCCUUGAAAAUGGUGACCAUUGCCCAUUGGCCAACUGCCCUACUGCACCUGGGGUUGUGGCCAAGGGUUGUCCUGUUCUAUGA